GCGCUCGCUCUCUUCACUGUUGCUGGUCUGUUGUUGUUCAGCCCGUACUAGAGAAGCUAACAGCUAACAGGAGUCAAAAAGAUGCGGUCAACUCGACAUGCAGAGCUAGGCUCGCUCUGCUAACAGUUGUCUUGGUUUUGUUAAUUAUUUUCUCCUGACUUGGUUUGAUUGCCUUUUUCCGGGCUCAAAGCCCUUGCUGUCGUGGUGGACGGAUUGGCUGGAUGGCCGUGUAGCUCUGUUAGCAUGUUGCGGCUAAUCGGCCACUGUUAGUAACGUUAGGCUUAUUAGCCGGACCCGGGCUGUUAGUUUGUGGUGAACUAUUUGUGUCACAGUUACUGGUUAGCAUGAUUUGUGAGUAUUAGAUAGCAUUAUUUAAUUACAGUAUGUUUCGUGUCAAGGCAGCAGAGUUUGCUGUUGUGGUGAAGCCUUUUAUAAGCAGGUCGAUUUUCUGCUAACAGCUUGCCAGGCAACGCUAGCUCUUAGCUGGAGCUAACGGGACUCGGAUGUCUUUGUUCCAUCAGCAAACAGUUUUAUGAUGUGAGUGGUUAGCUGCAAGUGUUAGCACAGUUAGUGGGUAGGUUAGGGAAGUUUAUCUGAUGACUCUUUGUGUGUAUCAGAUGCUACGUUGACAGACAAGCCAGCGUCUUAGAUCAAUUUGUUUUACGGCCAGCUGACAUGCAGCGUACAGUCCAGUGACCUUGGAGUCCUAAUCUACAACAGAUUCAUCAAAAUAAACAGCUGGUGGCCACAUUGGGGUUAUUAUGGCUCUCAGAUCAGGCUGCAGGCAGAGGAUCGUCUACUUACUCAUCCUCUCAGGAUGCAUUGUUGCCUCUCAGAGGAAUGACAACGUCUAUGUGUCUGGAUUUUCGAACGCCUGCGGCGACGUGGCGGAGCUCCUGCGGGCAUCCAGCGGCGUCAUUACCAGCCCAGGGUGGCCCUUUCAGUAUCCAGCCAGACUGAACUGCAGCUGGAACAUUAGAGCACGACCUGGAGACUCCAUCACUAUCAGCUUUCAGGACUUUGACCUCCAGGGUUCACAUCGCUGCACCUCAGACUGGAUGUCCAUCAGCAGCUACAGGAGCCUGGAUGGCCUGCGCGUUUGUGGUUCCUCUCUGCCUCCCCCUUAUAUCUCCUCCCAGGACCAUGUCUGGAUUCACUUUCACUCUGAUGACAGUCUGACAGGGAAAGGCUUCAGACUGUCUUACAUCACAGGGAAGCAAGAGGCAUCCAGCUGUGAUGUGGACCAAUUCCACUGCUCCAAUGGGAAAUGCAUCCCGGACUGGUGGCGCUGUAACUCCAUGGAUGAGUGUGGUGACAAUUCAGAUGAAGAGCUAUGUGUGGAUUCGCCAUUUUCCUUUCAGCCCUGCAGUCUGAACCAGUUCCCCUGCUUGUCCCGUUAUACUCGAAUUUACACCUGCCUGCCACACAGUCUGCGCUGCGAUGGCAGCAUCGACUGCCAGGACCUUGGUGAUGAAAUCGACUGUGACGUCCCCACUUGUGGAGAAUGGUUGAGAAACUUCUAUGGUUCAUUCAGCUCUCCAAACUACCCAGAUUUCUACCCCCCUGGAAGUAACUGCACCUGGCUGAUUGACACUGGAGACCAUCGGAAGGUCAUCCUCAGGUUUACUGAUUUUAAACUAGAUGGGACAGGUUAUGGUGACUACGUGAAGGUCUACGAUGGUCUGGAGGAGAACCCUCGCCGGCUUCUCAGGGUGCUAACGGCCUUUGACUCCAGAGCACCAGUUGCUGUAGUUUCAUCGUCGGGUCAGCUCAGAGUUAAUUUCUAUGCUGACAAGAUCAACGCUGCCAGAGGCUUCAACGUCACCUAUCAGGUGGAUGGGUUUUGCCUGCCCUGGGAGGUUCCCUGUGGGGGGAACUGGGGUUGUUACACUGAGCAGCAGCGUUGCGAUGGGUAUUGGCACUGCCCCAACGGUCGGGAUGAGCUCAACUGUUCUACAUGUCAGGAGGACGAGUUCCCCUGUUCCAGGAAUGGGGCCUGUUACCCUCGAUCAGAACGCUGUAAUUACCAGAACCGCUGCCCCAAUGGUUCUGAUGAAAAGAACUGCUUCUUCUGCCAGCCUGGAAACUUUCACUGCAAGAACAACCGAUGUGUGUUUGAGUCGUGGGUUUGCGAUGCCCAGGAUGACUGUGGUGAUGGCAGUGAUGAGGAAAGUUGUCCCGUCAUUGUUCCCACCAGAGUCAUUACUGCUGCUGUCAUCGGCAGCCUAAUCUGUGGCCUCCUAUUAGUCAUUGCCCUUGGCUGCACCUGCAAACUCUAUUCACUACGCAUGUUUGAACGCAGGUCGUUUGAGACCCAGCUGUCCAGAGUGGAAGCAGAGCUUCUAAGGAGGGAGGCCCCACCCUCUUAUGGGCAACUGAUUGCGCAGGGAUUGAUCCCACCAGUGGAAGAUUUCCCAGUGUGCUCUGGGAACCAGGCAUCAGUCCUGGAAAACCUCCGUCUGGCUGUGCGAUCUCAGCUUGGCUUCACCUCCCUCAGACUCCCUUCCACUGGUCGUCAUAGCAACUUGUGGCGUAGACUUUUCACAUUCUCACGAUCUCGCAGGUCAGGUUCUUUGGCUCUGGUCUCUGCUGACCUGGAGGAUAGUGGUGGCACUGGGAGCACUGGGAGUUCUGGCUCAGACCUCCUUUCUCCAGACUCAGAUGACACAGACACAGAGAGUGAGCGAGGGAGGGAACGAGGCGUGGGCGCGGUAGGUGGGCCAGUUGCCCCACUCCCCCAUAAAACCCCUCCGCCCUCUGCUGUGGAGGCUGUAGUAUCAGUGGCCGCAUCUGCGACCUCCGUGACCCCUACGCCCAGCCGAGAUCGAGGCCUCAACCGUCCCAGAGAAGCCCCAACCCCCUCCAGCCCUGUUACCGUGGUGACUUCCAGUCCAGAACCUGAAUGUCACACCGACUCUUCGGACCUCCAGGCCCCUUCCAUAUCCAUACUACAGCGCCUGGCCCAGAACCUGCAGCGCUUCGCCAGGAAUCUAACCAGAACCAGCCAGAACCAGCAGAAUCAGACCUGGACCAAUCACAGCCCACUUCGCCAGCUGGAGACAGGAAGCAGUGGCGCCGAGACAGCCGAGGGCCAGGGGAGCAGAGAGGAAGAGGAAGAUGUGGAGCUCCUCAUCCCUGUCUCCGACUCUGACUCGUCCUCCUCCUCUUCAUUGGUUAGUGAUGUGCGACAGCCUCUGCUGGAGCCACACCCCUCCUGCACCACAGGGCACACCCUCCAUCAUCAACGAGGACACAGUGGUCGAGGAGGGCGGGAUGGCACUUGUGAACACUGUGGGAUGGUCCAUACGGCUCAGAUCCCUGAUGCCUGUCUUGAGGCCACAGGCAAGACGGAAAGCAGCGAUGAUGAACUGCUGUUGCUGUGUUAACAGGCUAACCAACCAGCUAACAUGCUAACACACAGGCUAACAUGUUAACCUUGAGACUGACAUUUAAAACACUUUAAUAUAGGGGGAUAACAAGAUAACUGACAUGCCAACAGGAAAACCUUCCAUGCUAACAUCCCAACUAACCAGUAGGCUAACACAUCUCAUACUUCAGUCAAUGUUGGCUGACUUGCUAAGUUAAAAACUAGCAUAUUUUACACUCCACUUACAGCAGGCAGACUAAACCUUUGCUUUACAUGCUAACAGACGUACUGACAUUUCUCAAACAGUUUGCUUACAGCUUACUGUUAGCAAGGCAAGCUAAAUGCCUCAAAUAAGAGCUUCACUCUCCACCUCAGCUAGCUAGCCAACAUGUUAACACCUUACACUGGACACCAUCGAGCCAAAGUCUAACAUGUGUGAGCUUUUGUUAGCAUGCUAGCUGGAUUAAAGGUUAUUUCUUAUUGAUGUCGGAAAUACACAAACCAACCAGAGAUUUACAAGAGCGAUAUUGCUGAUUGGAUUAUUGUUGGUACGACCAUGAAAACUGUUUGAUGUUCCCCUGGUCCGUCCGUUAACCACCCGCCAGCUUCCCAUUCUCAUCCCCUUAAUAGGCAGAUGUCCUGCUUAUUGGUACGACUGUAAACGGAGUCCAAAUGGAACAGACUGAUGGUUCCCUGUAAAUGGAACAUUGAAUUUUGAUAAUAAGCCUACUGACCAAGAGAUAUGUGAGGACUCCUGGUCAGGUUUGUCAGAUUAGAAGGUCUAACCAUUUCCAACACUGCUGGUUGAGUCUGUUCAAAGAGAAUGAUAAGGGUCAUGUGACCAGGGAAGGCAGGUAAAGAUGGUUUUUAGUAAGCUCACUUUUGGUGGUCAAUAAAGCCUUGUUACAUGUCAGGUUUAGGUUCAGGGUUGAGUACCUAAGCGUUCUCCAAAAAGAAAAGAGUAGCAGAGACAGAAGUUUGUAUUAGCAUGCCUGUUUUACGUUUCUUUAAAAAUAUUAAUGGAGAAAAUAGUCAGUAUAUUAAUCAGGAGAAUAAAUGUUUACUUUGUCACAUCUCCUGUGUUAAACAGUCACAUUUUUUAUCACUUUCUAAUGCAAAGCACAACACUGUCAACUGUCAGUUUUUUUUUAUUAUUUAUUUUAUUUAAAACUAAAUCUUCAAACGUUUUAACUAAGACCACAAAGAGCAGUAUUUUAGCAAAUGACGAUGCCACAUCUCCUGGUCACAUGACCCUGAUCACAUUGUUUUGCUCAUGUUGCUUGUUCUGGCUAAGAUUCCCGUCUGGUUCCUUCCCUGCGUUCAGCGUCACUGCCUGUUCGGUUCAGACCACUUUUAAAGAACGUCUGGACCCAGACGAUCGCUUCUUAGAGUCAAAGGUGUCAGUUUAAUCAAGAAUUAAGACUAAAUACGCAGAACAGCAUUUAGAGAGUUUUUAUAAUUAAAAGCUUCGGGAAGGGUCAGAAUUGGAACUAAAGCCAGACGGGCAGCAUCAGAUACAGCUAUAAUAUAAACAGUGUAAUUCCUAUAUUGUGACUCCUCUCCCUUCCCAAACUGAAGCCAUUCAAAUGUCCGCGUUUCUGAACUUUGUUACUGUUUUUGGUACUCAGCUGACCUUGUGUGAGUAUGACUGUGUAUAUUUAUUAUUAUUAAUAUGACUAUGGUUAUUAUUGUGUUAAUUUGCUGUUGUGUAGCUGUUUUCCUGACCUGCAUGAUUCAACUUGUUUGGUGUUUUUCUUUGAGUCUGUAAAAUUAAAAACCUCGUAAACUGCACUAAAGAUUAAAGGUUCACAUUAAGUGGGUUGAUGUCA